AUGGACAGGGAACAAGAAGAAAUACAGUUUAUGGGGUUCUUUGGAAUCUUUAAAGAAUCAUUCAAUAUAGUUGCUUCAUGGAGAAAAAUUUUCAGCCAAAUAACCAUAGCCUUAAUCAUCCCUCUAUCCUUCAUCUACUUAACCCACAUCCAAAUCUCAGAGCUUCUGUUUGCAGAUAUCAUGCACGAUGAAUACAUAUUGGAUAGAACUCCAGAGGGUACCUCUUCAUACAACAAAAUUUCGAGUAUUUUAUCAUCCGAAUGGACCGCCUUCAUUCUGUUCAAAAUUGGCUACGUGAUUUUCUUUAUCAUUCUUGCCCUCCUUUCUACAUCUGCUGUGGUUUAUACAAUAGCCUGUAUUUAUACUGCCAAAGAAAUUAGCUUCAGAAAGGUCAUGAGUGUGGUUCCAAAGGUUUGGAAGAGGCUUAUGGUUACUUUCGUAUGGAAUUUUAUUAUUAUGUUUGCGUACAAUCUCGUUGCGAUCUUGAUCUUAGUUUUGGGUCUUGUUUUGGUUGGAUCAUCAAAGAAUGCUAUGGUGACUUUUGCCUUACUUUGGUUCGUAGUAUUCUUGAUUGGUUCGGUAUAUAUCAGCCUAAUAUAUCAUCUGGCAACCGUGGUUUCGGUUUUGGAAGAAAGUUAUGGCCUUAAUGCCAUGGCAAAAAGUCAGGCUCUAAUCAAAGGAAAAAUGGGAGUUUCUUUUUGUGUUUUUCUUGUAUUAGGCCUAUGCUUUUCAGGAAUUCAGCUGUUUUUCGAAAAUCGCUUAGUUACUAGGAAGGCAGAUAUUGGAUUAGUAAACAGAAUAGGGUAUGGACUUUUAUGCCUGUUUUUGCUGUCAAUUGUUCUCCUGUUUGGCCUCAUCAUUCAGACAAUCAUCUACUUCAUCUGCAAGUCGUAUCACCACGAAAACAUCGAUAAGUCAUCAUUAGCAGAUCACCUUGGAGGGUAUCUUGGAGAAUAUGUUCCUUUGAAGACUAAAGAUGUUCAACUAGAGCAAUAUCAAGUUUGA